GUGAUCUGCCCGCCUCGGCCUCCCAAAGUGCUGGGAUUACAGGCUUGAGCCACCGCGCCCGACCUCAAGGGUGCUAUUCUACUAGGAAAUCUUAAUCUGCAACAUCUCUUGGCUUUACCCCUUUCAUUCACUGUUUCCUGUUUUCCGUGUACCCUCUUGAUUUCUUUCCAGGUCUUCUCUUUCUCAGACUCACACACUCCUUCCAUUCCACUCCCCCCCUUGCCUUCUUCGUGUACAUCUCCUUUCUCCCUCUCUUUCUUUGCUCCCCCUACUUAAUUUUCCAUCCCCGCAUCCCCCGAUGGUCUCCCCCUCCUUCCCGCUCUCUGUCUUACCCUAGUUUGGAAAUGCAGCAGACCUCUAAACCUGCCAGCAUUGGAUGCAAGAGGCUGUCAUUCUAUGGUAGGAGGAGCUUCUAUUGGUCGGGCUGGAGGCGGGUACCGAGCUGAGUAUAAAAGGUGGGGUCGGAGGCGGCGAGCUGAGCGGCUCUGACAGGACGGGUCGGAGGGGGUCGCCUGGCCGGAGCUGGGCUCCGAGAAUCCCGGGUGCCAGCACCAGAGCAGCGGCUCUCCGCACUAACUCUCCUCUCCUGGUCAGCUGUAACCCCUGCCGCGGAGCCCGGCAACUCUCAGCUGUCGCCCGCAGAGCCCCGAGGGCCCCUCGCCUCACCUGUGCGUGCAGCGCCUCGCGCGCCCUGUCCGGCUGCGGAGAUGAGCGAGGAAAGCUCCCACCUCGGGGCGCUGGGAAACGAUUGGAAGACGGGGUGCUUUCAGCCUCGCUACUGUGGACGGCGCUUUUGGGGGUAACUGGAAUCGGCUGUAGAGUCGGGAAGCGGGGAUGCUGAGCUCUCAGGUGGCACAGUCUCAUCUCCAGAAACAAGGAUCAGCCUUUCCAAGUGAAGUCAGUCUGCUUAAUACCAAAACAUCCCCAGCAACCAACCAGGCAGCUGGCCAAGAAGAAAAAGGAAAAGCUGGCAAUGUCAAGAAGGCGGAGGAGGAGGAGGAGAUUGACAUUGAUCUGACAGCACCAGAAACAGAGAAGGCUGCCCUUGCUAUUCAGGGCAAGUUCCGGCGAUUUCAGAAAAGGAAAAAGGAUCCCAGCUCCUGAAUGGCCAGCCUUGCCCUUCACCUUCACCUUCAUGCUGGUCCUGUCUCUCCCCUUCUCCACACCCAUGUAUCUUUAUCCCUUGUCCCUCUAGCCUUUCCUUGAGACAAGUUCAACCUUUAUAUACCCUUGUAUCUGGUCCCCUCAAGCCAUCACAGAAGUAGAGGCACAAGAGAGGUGGAGAAGAUGAAGACUUCAAUCAGCAGUCACUAGUCUAAGGGUGGAACAAUUUCUUCUUGGUAUAAGGUUCUUUGAUCAGUAGCUAUGCCUGCCCUGUAGGGUUAAACAAGAGGGUUCGAGGCUGAGAGAUCUCCCCAAAGAACAAUGUGGGACGGAGGGGAAGGCUUUCAGAGUAGGGUGCCUGAGGGUGGGACAUAUGCACUGUUCUGCUAGUUACAGCAUUCACACUUUAGGUAACAUUUUUUUUCCCCUUCAGAUCCUUCUGCACCAACUCCAACUUCCCCUCCCAGGAUCUAAGCCACAGUGGGGACUGGAGCCUCGUUUUCCCCCUAGGCAGACCUAAAUCAAGCAGCUUACCACAAUAGUGCAUGCUGAGUAGAUUAGUUCCAAGGAAGGGAGACUGGAAUGGUGGUGGUCAAGGAAAAGCCUCCCUCAUCAUCUAGUCUAAGACCAUAACGGGCAGAAGCAUAAGAGGUUCCAGGGCCAUAGGAGAAUGAGAAGUAGGGCACAUAUAGGGAGGAAAGAAAAGUGAAGAAGGGGGAAAUCUCUGAAUUUUUUUUACUGCUGGGAAAAGUGUACUACAUGAAGGAUGCUUGGGGCUUUGCUAACCUGCUCACCUCUAACCCCCCAAGUCUAACCAUCCCCAGAGGCCACACAAACCAAGUGACUCCUGUAGUUCCCAUUUGCCCCACUGUGGAGUCAGGGCAAAAGUGGAAUAGCCACUUCAUGUGAUUUUAGCAUGUUUAAUAAUUUUAACAAUAAACCACCCCACAAAUGGGGUCAUUUAACCUCUA